CCCCCCGCAUCCGGGCUCCUGCAGGGGGGCGGCCCCUCCCUCCUCCCCCGCCACCUGUCCCGUGGGCAGAGGCCAGCACUCUGGGAACAGGGAAAGGCCCGUGGAGGAGACGCAGCGGUUCCCAGAGCUGGGCCGGAGGGGAGACAUGGGCGUCCCCACGAGCCCCGGAGAUGGAGGCAACCAGGAGGGGUCCGAGCGUCCUGGGGACCACGGCCAAGCCGGGGAGCCCGGCGAGCGAGAGGUCUCCGAGGCCCCUGGGGAAGCCGGGAGCCUCCGCGCAGCCUGCGGGGAGGAAGAAGAUGAAGAGGGGAGCAGCACGGAGAGCGGGCGGGACCAGGGCGAAGCCCCGUCCCCCGCUCCACCUGCUGUGGAGGGGCCACGAGGGGCAGCCCGGCGUCUAAGGGGGCAGCAACUGGAGGUGCUGACCCGGGUGGCGCUCAUGGAGCAACGGGUCAAGGAGCUCCAGCAGCAGCGCAAGGAGCUAAGGAUCGAGAUGGAGGUGGAGGUGGCCCUGCUUCGAGGGGAGCUGGCUGGAGAGCGAGUGGCUGCCCGAAGGGAAGAGGAACAGCUGCGGGAGCUGCAGAGACAGCAGGAGGCAGCCGAGCAGAGGGCCGUGGAGCAGAGGGAGCAGGAGCAGCAGCGUCUGAGGGAGGCCCGAGCCCGGCUCCAAGCUCUCAGGCAGAAGCUAGAAGAGGCCCAGGACAAGCUGGACUCAAAGCCCGAGGGGGACAGGGAGGAGCUGCUGAAGGGAGUCCAGGAGGUGUCUGAACAGUUGGAUGCUGCCCAGCGGGCCUACGAAGAUCUGGAAUUCCAGCAGCUGGAGAAAGAGAGCAGUCGGGAGGAGGAGGUGGAUGGGCUGCUGGGGAGCCUGGGCCUGGGCCCCAAGAUCCGAGAGCUGCAGGGGAGCCUGGCCCAGCACAGGCGUCGAAUCCAGGUCCUAGACGAACAGCUGGGCUCACUUGGGGAGCAGAUGGCAGCUGAAAGCCGCGGCCUGAGCCGAAAGAAGGAAGAGGCGCUGCAGGCCCUGAGCCAGGAGCGGAGCAGGCUUCUGGAGCUCAGCCGUCUGCAGGGGACCCAAGGCCGGGACGGUACCUUCUCGGAGCAGAGCCAGGCCCUGACCAAGCUCCUGUUCACCCAGAAGACAGACCGCCAGCUCCUGGUCCUGCAGGACUCCUCGGCCCCCGCAGCCUCCACAGCCUCCUCCUGCCUCUUCUCCCUGCACAGCUCCCUGCAGGGCUCCUUUGGGCUCCAGAGGACCGGCAGUUUGCCUCGGAGAAAGGGACCCCUGGAGGCCAACGCCUCACUGCCAGCUCCGGGGGACCCCCUGUGCCAGCUGAUGCACUGCAGCCCUGGAGCCAGCUGUGGCAUCCCCAAUCCUGACAUCCUCCGCAUGGAAAAGCUGCUCCAGCAGGCCAUAGCAGAGCGAGAGAGGCUGCUGCAGGCCCGGGAGAGAAGCAAAGAGGAGGCCAGAGCUGUUCCAGCCCUCGUGGCUCCCCCAACCCCGCCUCCGCGGCCGCCCGGCCCCCGGGCCCUGGACCUGCGCCAGCACCUAGAACGCUGGGGCCACAGCCCGGAGAGCUGCCCACACGUGCGCGUGAGCAGCGGCUGCUGCCGGGGGCCGCUCGUCAAAGUGGGCGGCCGCAUCAAGACCUGGAGAAAGCGCUGGUUCUGCUUCGACCGCCAUGCCCGCAGGCUGGCCUACUACGCUGACAAAGAGGAGACCAAGCUCAAGGGAGUCAUCUACUUCCAAGCUAUCGAAGAGGUCUACUACGACCACCUGCGAGGUGCCUUCAAGAGCCCCAGCCCGCGCCUGACGUUCUGCGUCAAGACCUACGAGAGGCUCUUCUACAUGGUGGCCCCCAGCCCGGAGGCCAUGCGCAUAUGGAUGGACGUCAUCGUGACCGCUGCAGAUGAGAACCACGCCCCCUGAUCCAGCCCCGCCCCUGAUCAGCUCCGCCCUCUUCCGGACGAGCCCCAACCGCGCCUCUUCCACUGGCCGCAGCUGACCCGGCCCGGUCCUCACUUUGUCCAUCUGUAAAAUGAGGCCCUUCUUAUCCCGGAUGUUAAGCAAGUAGUGCCCUACCCACUGCCUAAUGUUCAGAGCCCGGGCGUUCUAGUCCUCGUCACUUUCCCGAGCAGGCCCCGCCCACUGCAGAAAGUUCGCCCCGCCUCCCCCCUCUCCUUCCCCCCCCCGCCCCCCCCCCCGUUCUGGUGCCAGUAACUUUCCCGAUAGAAGGCCGGGCCCCUUGGAACGUUCCGCUCCGCCCAGAGGGCUGUUGCCUUCCCCUGCUCGGCGGGUUCCGAGCUCGGCUUCCCAAGUGCCCUCAAACCCUCCGCCCCGGAGGAGGCGGUAGCUGCCGGCUUCACCCCGAGGGCCCCCGGUCAUUGGGGCGCGCGGGGGCGCGGAGGAAGGUUUAUUUAUUGAUGCGCGUGUGGGGUUCUAUUAAACACUGAGGAAAAAC